AUGAAGCUGCCCCCGAGCUGCCGCCUGCUCCUGCUGCCCGCGGCCGCGGCCCUGGCGCUGCUGGCGCUGCACGCCCGGCGCUCGGCGCCCCCCGGCCGCCCCACGGCGCCCCCCGGCAACGCCACGGAGCCGGCGCGGCCCACGCGGCACCCGCUGCAGCCGCCGUACCCGUACCCGUACCGCUUCCUGCUCAACCACCCCGACAAGUGCCGGCAGCGGACGCCGUUCCUGGUGCUGCUGGUGGUGACGUCCCCCGAGGACCUGGCGGCGCGGGACGCCGUGCGCCGCACCUGGGGCGACGAGGGCGCCGUGCCGGGGCUGGCGGUGCUGCGGCUCUUCCUGCUGGGCGUGCACCCCGCGUUCAGCGCCGAGCUGCGCCCCGUGCUGGAGGAGGAGGACGCGCUGCACGGGGACCUGCUGCAGCAGGACUUCCUGGACACCUACAACAACCUGACGCUCAAGACGCUCAUGGGGCUCGAGUGGGUGAGCCGCUUCUGCCCCAACGCCAGCUACGUGAUGAAGGCCGACCACGACGUCUUCCUCAACCUGGAGUACCUGGCGGGGCUGCUGCGGCCGCCCAGGACGGAUUUCGUGACGGGCUACGUGUACCGGCACACGGGCCCGCUGCGGAACCGCGCCUACAAGUGGUUCGUGCCGCGCGAGGUGUACCCCAACGACACCUACCCGCCCUACUGCGGCGGGCCCGGCUACGUGCUCUCGGGGGACCUGGCGCUGCGCGUGUUCCGCGUGGCGCAGGCGCUGCCCGUCAUCAACAUGGAGGACGCCUUCGUGGGCAUCUGCCUGCACGCGCUGGGCGUGCCGGUGACGGAGCCGCCGCCCGGAGCCUUCACCAUGUACCGGCUGGACUACGAGCGCUGCCGCUUCGCCAGGCUGGUCAUGGUGCACCACUACGGGCCCCAGGAGCUGCUCCGCCUGUGGCCGCACUUCCGCAACGCCUCCAUCCAGUGUCCCUAG